AUGGCGAGGCCGGCGGAGCCCCGGGGACUCCCGAGUCUCCUGAUCUGCUUCCUGGCCCUCCUGCUGCGCGGACUUCCCCGGGCCAGGGCAGAUGGCCUUGUGGAUGUGCUGCAGGCGUUUGGCGUGCGGGAGGGCAAAAACGGGGUCUCUAUCGCUGCGGGGAUCUGCACCCAGAGGAAUGGAUCGGAAGAAAGCGACCUGGCCUUCCGCCUGGAGAACCGGACCCACUUCAGCGUCCCCGCUAGGCAGCUCUUCCCAGACGGUCCCUUCCCAGUGGAUUUCUCGGUGCUAGCCACACUGCGAGCCCUAAGAGGCAGCCAGUCUUUUUUGUUUUCUGUGUACGACGUUCGGGGAGUGCAGCAGCUUGGUGUAGAGAUCGGACGCUCACCUGUCUUCCUGUACGAAGAUCAGCACGGCCACCCGCUGCCCGAGGAGUAUCCUCAUUUCCACAGAGUCAACUUGGCUGAUGGGAAGUGGCAUCGCAUUGCUCUGAGUGUGGAAGGCACGAAUGUAUCCCUGAGUGUUGACUGUGAAGACCCCAUGACACUGCCCCUGGAGAGAGAUGCACAUCCUGUUGUCAGUGUUGAGGGCAUCGCCUUACUUGGGGCACGGCGGCCAGAUGAAGAUGUUUUUGAGGGUGAUCUUCAGCAGCUGUUAAUUGUGCCGGACCCAGCCGCCGCCGGCCAGUACUGCCAACACUACAUGCCAGACUGCAACAGGCCUCUCACCUAUGUGCUGCAUGCCCAAUAUUCUGAAGAGAAUGGUUCCCGCAGGAAGGGCAAGCGAGGCAAGGGCAAAGGAAAGGGCAAAGGCAAAAGGAGAGGGAAAGGAAAGAAGAAGAGGAACAAGGAAGCGGUCGAGAUGUCUUCGCUCCCUCCAACCCCGGGCCAGUAUGAGGCUCCGACUCACACCGUUUCUACAAAACCGGCAGUCGAUUUUUGGGAGGAGGGUCCUGAGCCAGAACUUGGAGUGCUUACCCCGACCACUGUGACGGUCAACUUUAACCUCACUGACCAUUAUGAGGACCUUCUAGGAGAAGAGUAUGUGAUCAGUGAGGAUGGUAAUGGCACAUAUGGGGCUUAUGACGAUAGACUUGACUACAGAACCAGGGACUAUGAAGACUACUAUGACCGAAGGGAUUCCAGCGAGGAAGAGCGAUAUGAUCCAGCUGAGCGCAUCGAAGCCACUGCUCAAGUCCCCCAGGAAACCAAUCUGAAGGGACAGAAAGGGGAGCCGGCAGUCCUGGAUCCUGGCACUCGUUUUGUAGGGCCACCUGGAUAUCCGGGCCCAGUGGGUGAGCCGGGUCCUACAGGACAAGCGGGCCCUCCAGGAUUUCCAGGGGAUCCUGGCGAGAGGGGACCACCAGGACUCCUAGGCCUUCCAGGAGCUGAUGGCAUUCGUGGACCCCCCGGGAUGAUGAUCAUGUUACCAUUCCAGUUUGGUGGCGACUCUUCCAAAGGCCCUUCAGUUUCUUUUCAGGAAGCCCAGGCUCAGGCGAUCUUGCAGCAAGCCAAGCUGGCGAUGAAGGGCCCCCCUGGUGCGAUGGGUCUUACGGGCCGGCCAGGGCCACUGGGUCUGCCGGGGAAUCCGGGAUUGAAAGGAGACGCAGGUGAUGCGGGACCACAGGGCCCCUCUGGGAUAAUCGGGCCAGUUGGUCCCCCCGGAAAAACUGGCAAGCGGGGUCGCUCCGGAGCUGAUGGUGCCAGAGGAUUGCCAGGGGAGACUGGACCAAAGGGUGACCGAGGCUUUGAUGGACUUCCAGGACUUCCUGGGGAGAAGGGGCACAAAGGAGAAGUAGGGAAGCCAGGCCCACCUGGAGCUCCUGGUGAGAAUGGAGCGAAGGGUUCAGAUGGCAUGCCAGGUGCCGGAGGACAGCCUGGGGAAGCUGGGCUGCGUGGUUUGCCUGGUUCUCGAGGCUCUCCUGGUCCCCGAGGCCCACUGGGUGCCAGCGGUAUCGAUGGGGCACCUGGACCCAAAGGCAAUUUGGGCAUACAGGGCGAGCCCGGUCCACCAGGACAACAGGGAAACCCUGGAUCUCAGGGUCUACCUGGUCCACAAGGUCCUGUUGGGCUUCCAGGCAACAAGGGUCCACAGGGAAAACCAGGAAUUCCAGGACUGGCUGGUGUGGAUGGACCCCCGGGUCACCCAGGAAGAGAAGGACCGCCUGGGGAGAAAGGAACCCAGGGUCCAUCUGGUGCAGCAGGACCUGUUGGCUAUCCUGGGCCCCGUGGAGUCAAGGGGGCCUUUGGAGUGAGGGGUCUAAAAGGAAGCAAAGGUGAGAAGGGAGAAGAUGGAUUCCCUGGCUUCAAGGGUGAUAUGGGACCCAAAGGUGACCGGGGUGAUGGUGGCCCACUGGGGAUACGUGGCGAGGAUGGCCCCGAGGGCCUGAAAGGGCAAGCAGGUCCUUUGGGGGAAGCUGGUCCACUUGGCCCAGCUGGUGAGAAGGGAAAGUUGGGCGUGCCGGGCUUGCCAGGCCACCCCGGACGCCAGGGACCGAAGGGCUCGACUGGAUUUCCAGGGCCUCUGGGCCUCAUUGGAGAGAAAGGCAAGCGGGGUAAAGCAGGUCAAGCGGGACAGCCCGGGCAACGUGGUCCCUCAGGUCUUCCAGGAGAACGUGGCUUGCCAGGACCCACUGGAAAACCAGGACCAAAGGGUGAUGCUGGCCAUGACGGGGCUCCUGGAAUUGCAGGGGAAAAGGGACCUCCUGGACCACAGGGUUCCCAUGGAUUUCCAGGACCCAAAGGGCCACCAGGCCCUGGAGGGAAGGAUGGCUUGCCUGGACAUCCAGGCCAACGUGGGGAGCCGGGAUUCCAUGGCAAAACUGGCCCACCAGGGCCUGCUGGGGUCGUGGGACCACAGGGAAACUCAGGAGAAACUGGUCCUAUGGGUGAGAGAGGCCACCCUGGCUCCCCUGGUCCUCCCGGAGAACAAGGGCUUCCAGGUGCUGCUGGCAGAGAAGGUGCUAAGGGUGAUCCCGGCCCUAGCGGCAUCCCGGGCAAAGAUGGCCCUCCUGGAUUGAGAGGCUUUACUGGGGCUCGAGGACCUGCUGGAGAGACCGGGCCACCUGGACUGAAGGGAGCGGAAGGGCCACCGGGCCCUCAAGGCCCCACUGGCUCCCCUGGUGAACGAGGCCCUUCAGGAGCAGCUGGGGGCAUCGGACUGCCAGGACGUGGGGGUAGUCCAGGACCUGUGGGCCCUGCAGGGGAGAAGGGGACACCGGGUGAGCGAGGCCCAAUGGGACCAGCUGGGCAAGAUGGAAUCCCUGGUCCAGUGGGACUUCCUGGCCCAGCCGGGCCACCAGGACUUGGCGGAGAAGACGGUGACAAGGGAGAGAUGGGUGGCCCAGGACAGAAGGGAAGCAAAGGGGACAAGGGGGAAGCGGGUCCCCCAGGGCCUACUGGGAUCCAGGGACCCAUCGGGCAUCCAGGCCCUGCUGGAGUGGAUGGGGAGCCCGGCCGCCGAGGGCAGCAGGGUAUGUUUGGCCAGAAGGGAGAUGAGGGAGCCCGUGGAUUCCCAGGAACCAGUGGCCCAUCAGGUUUGCAGGGGAUGCCAGGCCCUCCAGGAGAGAAGGGUGAAAGCGGUGAUGUCGGCCCAAUGGGCCCACCAGGAGCUCCAGGACCUCGAGGCCCACAGGGGCCGAUUGGCGGGGAAGGCCCACAGGGACAACCGGGUGGGAUAGGACAACCUGGUCCUGUUGGAGAAAAGGGUGAACCAGGUGAAGCAGGAGACCCUGGACCAACCGGGGAACCAGGCCCACCAGGAGUGAAGGGCUAUGCGGGUGAAAAAGGAGAUUCUGGCCAAACAGGGGCUGCAGGACCCCCUGGCAAGAAGGGUCCCCCAGGAGAAGAUGGGGCCAAAGGGAAUCUGGGCCCAAUAGGCUUUCCUGGCGACCCAGGCCCAUCCGGCGAUCCUGGCCCUCCCGGUAUCGAUGGUGCUCCUGGUGAGAAAGGUGACAUGGGGGAUCCUGGCCUUCCAGGACUGCCAGGAGUUUCUGGGGAGCCAGGUCCUCAUGGACCACCAGGGAAGAGGGGACCUCCUGGGCCAGUGGGCCGUGAAGGCCGACAGGGUGAAAAAGGGGCCAAGGGGGAGCCUGGCACAGAAGGGCCUCCAGGAAAGAUGGGCCCCGUGGGCCCCCAGGGGCCCCCAGGUCGACCUGGCUCAGAAGGGCUACGAGGGAUUCCUGGCCCAGCAGGUGAACAAGGAUUGCUGGGAGCACCAGGUCAGGCGGGUCCACCGGGGCCCAUGGGUCCCACUGGACUUCCGGGCCUCAAAGGUGAUCCUGGGUACAAGGGAGAGAAGGGCCAUGCUGGACUCAUUGGGUUGAUCGGUCCCCCAGGUGAGAUGGGUGAGAAAGGUGACCAGGGGUUGCCAGGAAACCAGGGAACACCAGGCCCUAAGGGCGAUCCCGGAAUUGUUGGGCCUAUUGGCCCUCCUGGCCCACCAGGAUCUCCUGGGCUCUCCGGACCUCUUGGGCAGAAAGGCAAUAAAGGCUCCCCGGGACCCAUUGGACCACGAGGUGAUCCAGGACCUCCUGGAGCACCGGGGGAUCCGGGUCGCCCAGCUGAAUUCCGGGACCCACUGCCUCUGAAGAGCAGCCGUAAGAGUCACCGUGACUGGGAGCUGGGCGAGCAGAGAGAUGAGCCCAGUGAAUUGGACACUGACCCUGAUGCUGAUGGGCUGGCAGAAGUCCUAGCAGCCCUGAGCUCCCUCCGCGAGGAGGUGGAACAAAUGCGAUGCCCACUAGGAACCCCAGAGAGCCCAGCCCGGGUGUGCAAGGAGUUGCAGUUUUGCCAUCCCCACGUCACAGAUGGCGAAUACUGGAUUGACCCCAACCAAGGCUGCAGUCGUGAUGCCUUUCGAGUUUUCUGCAAUUUCACAGCUGGUGGCGAAACCUGCUUGUUCCCGGACAAGAAAUUGGAGGCUGUGCGACUCGCCGCCUGGAGCAAAGAGCAGCCGGGAAGUUGGUUCAGCACCUUCAAGAGGGGCAAGAAGUUCUCCUAUGUAGAUGCUGACGGCAACCCUGUCCGUGUGACCCAGCUCACGUUUCUGCGCCUGCUCAGUGCCAUCGCCUACCAGAACUUCACCCUCCUUUGUCAAAACAUGGUGGCCUGGUAUGAGGCCGACUCCGGCGACCACUCCCGGGCCUUGCGCUUCCUUACCCACAGCGACACGGAGCUGAUGCACAACAGCACAGGAACGCCUAUCCAGGCCUUGUACGACGGCUGCCAGGUGCGCAAGGGCCAGGAGCGAACAGUCCUGCAGAUUGCGACGCCACGAGUGGAGCUGCUGCCGCUGAUCGACGUGGCCGUUCAGGAUUUUGGGGACGCCAACCAGAAGUUCGGCUUUGAGCUGGGGCCUGUCUGCUUCAGCGGUUGAGCCCUUCAGAAAAUGGACGGCUCCCCUCUAGACUGUGGACCACCCCUGGGGAAGGGAAUGCUCAAAUCCCCCCUCCCCUCCUUGCACUGGGGGAGAGGAUCGCAGUAGAGGAGCUGGCCCUGCCGGAGCGACCUGCCGUUGCAUUUAACCCGAGGACAGCCUCCUAUUUAUGCGGCCAAGGUCCUGGGCCAAGACUCUUGGGGGUGAGCAUCGCAGGGCCCAGACUGAGCCAGGGCCCUCCCGAUCUGCAGCCCCAGCAAAUGGUGCUACGAUGAUGCCUUAGUGAAGCACUGGACUGACUGCCUGGAGCUGGCCCGUCUGCAGGGAUGGUGCGCAAUGGAGACCAUAUCCCGCACUUCUGACCUCUGGUUAAGGGCACAGGGAUAUAUCACGGUCUUGCCAGAGGCAUUUUGGGAACUCAGGACCAAUCUACUGGUGCAGCCAUAUCUACAAAUGGACACGGACGUAGGGUUUGGGUGUGGGAAACGGCUGAGAGGAGCAAGCCACUAGAGAAGUCUUGGAUUCUGAUUAAAAUGAGACCCAAGGUUUAAGGACUGGACAAUAGGAGAACCCAGAAUCUCCAUGCUGGUCCAACUGAAUUCAGCUCAGUUGAAUAAUACCUGCUUUGGUAUGGCAUGAUAUCCAACUAUUAUAAUAGUAUUAUCUAAUAACACAGAUUUUUCUGAGACAGCUUACGGGUAGCAGGGUGGAGAAAACGUCAUCUCCAUCAAGAGUCGCCCGGAUGCUCUGCUCAGAGUCUACAUUCUCUAACUGAAGUCCACUGUUGUGUGUUUCUGCCCUAGUGCUUGAUGGUACCCAUGUGAAGUGGGACAAAGUCAGGGGAGCUGGGAAGAAGUUAAAUCGGGGGCCCCCUCCAUGAAAAUCCCGGCUAUGAACCUGCAACCACCGCACAGUGACGAGGAACAGGAAGCGCUGGUCUCCUAGCUCCUCGUCAUCCAUGUCUAUCAUUCCGUCCAUCCCAGGUGGACCAUGGAGGAUUCUGGGUUCUUUUUUUUCCAGACCUUGUUUCUCUGGUUCAGCAUGUGCGCCUGUAAAAUACGGCUGGUGGUUCCACCACCAGUGUAGCUGAAUACCCUCUUUGCAGAAGAAAAAUAGAUAAGGUUCUGGUCGGUUCCCACCACUCCAAGAACCUGUACAGACAUCUUCAAGUCUCAUUGCUCAAAGCCCCUGAGAGUGGAGACAGGACACAGGCCUAUACCCUCGGUGCUUCCCCACCCUCAGCCCUCGACACUGACCUUCUUUUUUCAAACUUGGUGGUGCUAAAUACUUAUAUGUUUAUGAUUCCUCCUUGUAUCUCAGGCUGUGGGGCCAGUUAGGCAUGUGGUGUAUGCGUGUGUGUUUGUUACUGUAUCAUCUAACAACCUGUAUUAAACCUCAGAACCUGUGA